CCUAAUUGUUGUGAUAAACUUAUUAAAUAGGCUUCCAUGACGAAAGAGUAGCUUAUCAGGGAUGGAGACAUCGAACAUAUGCAGUCGACCUAAAAGACUUCGUAAAGACUGCAGCCCGACAAAGUUGCUGGCAAAAAAUAUUCCUGUUGACCAGAGCCCUUGUGCCGUUGAAGCGAGUGCCUUAAGCGACGACAAAACAGAAAAGGGGUCCUUGAACAGCCCUGGGGCCGCAAGGAGAAAUCUAGCUCACAAGAAGUGGACAUUGGCCGAGAAAAUUGUGUUCUUCGAAGGACUUAGAGAAAAUGGACGUUGUUUCGACAAAAUUGCCAAACUGUUCGAGCAGAAGUCAAAAAACAAGCCGGAAAUCAACAACAGAGAUACGGGUCAAUGUCGCUACUUCUUCACGAGAUCAAUCAAGAGAAUCAUAUCAUUCCCACAGAUCAAAUUGGAGUGUGGAAUUCGGAAACGGUACAUGGAAGUCCUGGCUCUUGUCAACUACGGCGAAAUUUUAAGAAAAACACAUCGUGAAUUGAACAAACGAUCUGCAGAAAACUUGAAUGAAAUGAUUCACAAAGGGUUUUCAGUUUUGAAGUUGCCUGGCAGAAUGGUACGACUGAAAACUCCGAUGUGUCCGGUAGUUAAGCGGUUCACCAAAAACAGAGACGUCUACUCUUUUGUACAACUACCUCAAAGUGUCACUUUCGAAUUCACUCCGCAGAAUGCACAUGAGUUGAAUCUUCUCCGUGAUAGCAAAAUAGAAAACCCGUUUAUUAGGUUAACAGUGCCAAUUACGAAGAGCUUCAAAUCGGUCUUGAAGUUUGUGGAAGACAGAACAAAGUACAGAGCUUAUCAAAACUUCCGUCAAGUGGCAGAACAGUGCAGACCUUUGGUGACAGAACCGACAUUGAUGUGCCGCCUCCAUCCGCUUCUCCUGACAACUGUAAGUUCUGUGGAAGAGACAGACAAGGUAUACACCCCACCCUCCUUCAACGGGGCUGAACAGAUGCUGGCACAGGGAAUUGGACUAGAGCAGGGUUCAGCUGCAGCUACAAGUAUCAGUAGCACUACUUAUGCAAAUGCCAUCACAGCGAAUGCGGGAAGUUGUAGUGCGUCAAGUAAUACUCAAAGUGUGAAAGAGGUUACAACAGAAAUAGUGGCAUCGGGAAGUGUCGAGUUGGAAUCGAAACUGGAGAACAAAGAAGGAAGCUCUGAGGCACAGCAUAAUAGAAUACAAAGUCCGCAAGAUCGGACAAAUUUCAACGUUGUUGAAGCAUUGACGCCAGCAAUACAGAAAUCUGAAGCCGAAAACUCAACGCCGCCAGUCCUUUCCAAUAAGAAUAUCCUCUUAUCAUGUAAACAGGAACAGUCAUCAAGCCUAAAUAGCCAACCUGUUAAUACGACUUCUAGAAGCAGUAGUUUGAAUGGCCAGCAAACUUCUCCUAUCAAGAGUUCAACUGUGAUACAGAGAGGGCCUGAUCUAUUCAGGCCUCAGAUUAUUUACGUGGUACCUGCAAAAAAUACCUCUUCGAAGCAGUAUAUUCGUAGUUCAAGUGGAGCUGAUGACUUCAUUGGUAUGCUCAAGAGUGGGUUCUCGACCGAUUCCAUCAGCGAGGAUCUGAACGUCGCGAGACUUCACGUGAUGCUGAACGUCUGUCCGAUAAUUCAGCUCGAGUACUUCUUAGAUUUAGACAUACCUAAUCAGGCGCAGAAUGCCAGUGAUGUUGGAAGUGAAUUACAGACUAUAGUUAACAUCGGGAUGCAAAUAUCGAAGUCCAAACGGAGCCAAACUCCUGUAAUGAACGGCUCUUCUAAGAGUCCAAAUCAACAACCGCAAUCUCUCUCUCUAGUGCAAUCUAAUGGAACAAAUGAGCAAACAACCCAAUCGGGAAGUGGAAGUAUUAAUCCAGUCCCAGGGUCGGUUGAAGAAAAGCAACUGAAAGACCAUAUCAUGAUGCUGCAGUCAAGUGGAAAAGUCAGGUUACGUAAUAGGUUACGUCAUGGCCAAGAUAUUGCCAAUUCACAGAACUUUCCGAACCUUGAGAGUUCUUUCAGACCAGUUACAGCACAGCAGCAGACAGUUAUUGCUAGAACUGCUGUCCCGAAGUUAGCUCCAAAGCUAUUCAACCAAAUUAGUGGAUCCAUAUCGAUGAACAGUAACGGUCAAAUGGACAAAAUUACUUUCGGAAAUCAUUCUAACGGACAACGAACUACUUUAGUUGGGUCUAACGGAAACAAUGGGCAAUUUAUGAACGCCUUUCCAGCUGUUCAGACGCAAAAUCCCGCUAGUUUGAGACCGAUUGAUGUCACAAACAAGGUCGAUUUCAUUGAGUUGAAUCAACCUCAACCAGGAAUGCAGCAACCGUUCAUGGAAAGACAGCAGGUUUUAGCAUCGAGCGACGAUAACUCGAUAAAAGACAUCGUUGAGAUAGCUCUUAAAUGUGCCGAUGUGAGCGUUGGAGGAACCAUUAAAGCUUCAAAUAAUGAUACUAGUAUGGAUAUGCAACCUUUAAUGUGCAGUACACAAAUUUGUCCGAAUGACGCGAAUACGAAUGGAAAACAUAAAAGCGUGAAUACUGGUAAUGUGAAUAUUAUUAAUGCAACUUGUGGGUUUCUACCGCCAGUUCACGAAAUUUUGGCUACUCCGAGCUCCUCUCACCAAAGACAACAGACGGCGAGUUUGACUGUGGUGCCCCAAGUGCGCUUUCUGCCCGGCCACUCCAAUCACCUGACAGAUCUGCAUCACUUCGAUACAGCUUCGAAUGACUCAUUUUUAUCCAAGCAGUUAGACGGAGAGAUUGCGGAGAUGAUGAAUGAAAACAGCAUUGAUGUCGUGAACAAACUUGACGCUUUCUUGGACGCCGGAAGCUCAAACAUUAGUGAAGCUUCCAUAUUUCGAGAAUAAAUUUGCCAAAACUCGAACAUACUUCUGAAAACUGUUAGAUUUAGUAAUUAGUAUUUAAUUGAAUGGAUUAUUGAUUAACUGUUUCAUGAAGCAUGUUUAGCAGAUAUUAGUUUCUUCUCUUU